AUGGAGCGACGGAGGAGGGAUCGAGUUGUGCUCAUGAUCAUUGACGCGAUGCGAUCGGAGUUCAUCUAUUCCAACACCUCCAACUUUAAGUUCCUCAGAGAGCAGAUCAGACACGGCGCCGCUAUCGCGUACUCCACGAAAGCACACCCGCCGACUGUCACCUUGCCUAGGAUCAAGUCAAUCAUUACAGGUGCAAUCCCGAGCUUCCUGGACGUAGCAGCGAAUCUCAACUCUCCCGAGCUGAGUGAAGAUAACGUCAUCACUCGGGCAUCGAGAUCAGGAUCGCAGAUCCUCAUGUUCGGUGACGAGACUUGGCUCAGGUUGUUCCCUUCCACCUUCCUCCGCAGUGACGGAACUACCGCCUUCUUCGUGCUCGACACCAAGAUAGUUGAUGAUAACGUGACAAGGCACGUCAUGCCUGAAUUGGACAACAAUGAUUGGGACCUCAUGAUUUUGCACUAUCUCGGGCUAGACCAUGCCGGGCAUUUGGGUGGGACAGACAGUGAAACGAUGCGAUCAAAGCAGCUGGAGAUGGAUGAGCUGGUGAAGGACAUGUGGGAGAAGAUAGACCUCAGCAACAGAAACUCUCAGCCUGGUUCAAAGCCUACCAUCCUGGUUGUUUGCAGCGACCAUGGAAUGAACAGUGGCGGAAAUCAUGGAGGGGCAAGUGAUCCAGAAACAGACGCUACCGCCAUUUUCUUCACGUCGAGGCAUGAUCAGCAUGAUGGUCGACAAGAAGCUUCUGGAGACGAUGCUGAAGCCCUUCAAUUUCCCGUGGUUUGGCAAGUCGACAUGGCUCCGACGCUUGCUUCCCUUCUGAACGUGGAAGUUCCAAUGAACAACAUUGGAAAGAUCAUCCCCACAGUGUUGGAUCACAUGAAUGUUCCUGAUUAUCUUUCGUCUUUGGAGAGGAAUGCUGAGCAAUUGUUUAGAUUAAGUGGAGGGAAUCGUUCGCAGACAAAGAGUCUCACGGACCUAUACAACCAGGCACGCUCUUUGAAAGAUGACUGCUUAAAUGCAAUGAAGCAGGCUAGCAAGGAGACAAUGAAGGUCUCUCAGCUUCGCACAGCAUUCAUUCAAGAUGGUGAACCAGCACAUGUAGAAGAGAAAGAUCCAACAGAAGCUUGUCUGAUUAAGACAGAGCAAGUUUACUUUGAUUAUCUUCAAAAAGUAUGUGAAAGGCUUGAGCAAGAACAGGGUGGAAAGUAUGACAUGGCAGGCAUCACGCUUGCCCUCUUUGUGUUGUUGGCUGCUUCUAUCAACUCUUUGAAUGUCUUCAUACAUGUGCAUAUCAGUGAGGAUUUUCAAUCGCACCAGUCAGCGAAAGAGAUCCAUGGACCUCAGAACAUCAUCUGGGGAACGAUCAGUCGACAUGUGAUCAUCGGGGCUAUCUCUUCCAUUGCAGGCUUGCUCCUUCAUCCAUCCUUCUGCUCUCUCUUUUACAACGACAGAUCAAAACCUUCAGGGGUAUGCGCUGCAACCCUAGAGAAGAAGAUUAUCGUCGGAGUCUCGUAUUUUAUGAUGACAGUCUGUGCUUCUGUUUUCUACUCCUCUUUCCGAACCUUUUCUAGUCAUUUGUUGCGAGGGGUGCGGAUUCUCUGGUACAAGAGCACCUUGACAAGCUCCAAGAAUUUUCCAAACGCCGUCGGGCCGCUUGAUGAGACGCUGGGGCUCGAAACUGUAGUCGCAGUCUUUGGGUCUGCUCUGCAUUUGUUCACUUUAUUCUCGAGUUCCAUGAUUGAGGAGGAGCAUGUGACAUUCUAUUUCUUGACAAGCACACUCUUCCUGUCAAUGGCGAGAAGAACAAUGAAAGUGAAUGCGCGCAUGAAGCAAGGGUUUGAUCAGAUGAGGUCGCUUGUUGGGGCUGUGGUGCUGCUGGUUGUGCUCAGGAUCGCAGGCUCAUGGAAUCAGACUGGUGUGAAGAAUUAUGGGAAAGCGGAUCUGGCCAAGUGGCUACUGAAGCCGGAUCAAAAGAUGCUGCUCGUCGUACUGGGAGGCUUGUCUCUUGUGUUUGUUGUAUCCUGCCACGUUCAUGCCGUCAGAAGUAGUCGGCAGCAGAGCACGGGAUUGAUUUCUAUGGUCCAACUUAUCGCCACUCCGACAUUCAUCUUUGCAUGGUUUCUUUCUUCCUACUUCUCUACCCAAGAGAUUCUCACUGCUCGAGCGAUCUUUCUCGCAAGCUUGCUCGCUUGCAUGAGCGCGACGUACGAGCUGUAUCGCAAUUCUGGGAGGAAAGAGGGCGUUGCGCACAGCCCGCUCUUGAGAUGGUCCACCAAGAUGCUUUUCGGGCUUGCGAUCUUCGUCGUCCCGCUGCACCACUUGCAGAAUUAUCCGCUUCUGGCUGCGAUCUGUCUGCAAUUUUAUGCAGCCAGCAAUGUCUGUAGGAUGUACAUGCGUCAAGAGGAGCAGGCGACGCCUGUGCCUGCACCCAUCGCCUUGCUGGUGAUGUUGGAGUGGAUGGGGAGAUGCGGCUACUUCGCACUUGGGAACAGCAACAGCAUCGCAACCAUCGACGUGAGCAAGGCGUUCACCGGGCUCUCGGAGUACAAUCAGACUAUCUGCGGUAUCUUCACAGCGAUGAUCACCUUCACUGGGCCCCUCCUCAUGUGGUUCGCGACGCUGGCCAUCGUAGCCCAGCUGUUCGGCUCGAGGAGGAGGAUGUCUUGUGCUGUCCUGCUAGCAGCUUCUCUCCACUCAUCGAUGAGGAUUCUCUGCCUGUCCUGCGUCUGCCUCGUUUCAACGAUGUUCAGGAAUCACUUGUUCGUCUGGAGCGUCUUCUCCCCGAAGCUCUUGUAUGAGCUCGUCAUGUCCAUAACCAUGUUGUCUGUACAUUCCGUAUGCGUGAUAUUUACUUGUUCAAUCGAUAUCUUCACAUAA